AUGCUGCAAACAGGCCCCACAAGUGAGUGGGCUCUCAAGACACAAACAUUAAUUCACACUGGAAAGAAACCUCACAAAUGUGAGAUUUGUGGCAAAUCUUUUGCCACAUCAGGUUAUUUCAACAAACAUGUAUUAAUACACGGUGCAAACAGGCCCCACAAGUGUGGUAUUUGUGGCAAAUCUUUUCCUGUGUGGAGCGCCCUCAAGAAACAUACAUUAAUUCACACUGAAAAGAAACCCUUAAAAUGCGAUAUUUGUGGCAGAUGUUUUGCUAGGAGACCUCACAAAUGUGAUAUCUUUGACCGAAGCUUCACUCAAAUGGGUACUCCCAAGACACAUUAUUACUUCUCGUCAUAA